CACUUCUUCCAUUCCUACCUGCGCUGCAUAAACAUGCAAUAUUAGAAAAACAUUUGGAGAGGAUGGAUACUGGUCUCUUUUGCUUGCUCAAAACUCUAAGGUGGUGCAGCUAGAACACACACAGGAGAAUAGAGCAGAUCUGCUCUUGUCUGUUUUCCUGGAGAUAGGACUGUUUCUUUCUAAAGAAAAUAUUAAAGGCAAUUCAUAAAGAUAUGGCAGAUUCUAAGCAUGAAUAACAUUAUUUUUAGACUAUUAAAAUUUCCAGUAGUAUUAGAUCUCUAUUUCUAGAGAAAUAUUAGCCCUUUAGGGAGAAAAGCUUUUCUCACAUUAUCAUCUACAUGUGUAUUUGUAUAUAAAUUAAAUAUUAUGUUCACUACUAUUAUGUUAAGAUUAAAACGGAUUGGAAUAUUUUAUGAAAUAGAAGCUACACAAAGCAGUGUUUUUAUAUCCCUAAAAUAUUUUUUUAUGCACUUCACAGUUGACUUCUUACAAGAAGCCACCAGAAAUUGCAAGAAGACAUUUCAAACCCUGCAGCCCAGUAUUUCAAAGAAAAGAAGGAGGCAGGGAGAUGCCUGAAGACACACAUUGCUAUGUUCCCCACUGCUCUCUUCAGAGCAGCACCACAGGUCCUGCAGGGACCUCUCUUGGCAAUGGGACACUGGCUGCUGAUUUGUAUGAGCCUGAAGACACAGACAGUGACAGUGGGACACAGCCAGCCCGGGGCUGGAAGGGAGAACCACGGAAAUGCAUCUCUGAACCUGAGCACUUCAACAGGAAGAGCCGAGCGCUCUCAUUGCUGGAUUUGAAAGAGAAAGAUGGCAAAAAUAGCAGAAACCCAGAAAGAAAGCUUGAGCAAGAAUUAAAGGAGGCAAAACAGAGGCUGGGGCUUCGUAGUGGACAGCAGCCCUUGUCUGGCCCGAGCAGGACAGCCCCAGGGAAUGGGAAUGGUGGAGCCCCGAGUGCUCCAGAGGAGAAGGAUGCUGGCUGGAGAAGAGAAGUGUUCCAACACUCUGCUCGUCCUGGGCCUCUCUCACUUGCAGGUGCUGCUCCACCAACUUCAUCAUCAGACACAAAGCAUGCUCUGAGGAUUCCAGAUGUGGUUUCCAGGGAGCAUGCAGCUGGGCAGCCAAAAUCCCCACUGAAGCUCAUAGCCAAUGCUAUCAAAAGGUCCCUUUGGGAGCCUCUAACCUCAUCUCCAGAAGCACUAAAGCAGGACUCAGACAGCAAAGUCAAAGCCUCUUCAGAACACUCCUUCUGGUUCCCCAGCACUCCUGGGUAUUCCCUAAGCCAAAGGAACAGGAAUAACAAUAACACUCAGUCACAGGAUCCUCGAGUAAGGGAGUGGGCAGGAAAAGAUGUAGGAGAUAGGAGCCCUUCCCCAAAUCUGUCUCAUGCUUCUGUGGGCUCUGAAGGGAUAUCUCUAAGGGAUCACAGGGAAGAGGUGUCCUUCACACCCUACAGGCCUUCCAAGACAACCCAUAUACCUCAGAAACCAGCUUGCACUAGGAUGGAGGAAGUCCCAGGACUCCUAGAAAAGUUCACCUUUGAAGACCGUCCUCUAGGGACCCCCAUGGAUGAAGUCUGUAAGAAAAAAUCCACUCUUCUUUCAUCUCCAGAGCCCAGGAGCUCCCUCAAGGGCAAUCUGGAUGUCUCUGCACAAAAAGGGUCACUCUUCAAUAGACUGAGAAGCAAAGCUCGUGAAAGGGAACAGAAUUCCUUGAUGUUAUCUCUGCCUGUCCUUAAGGACCAUUCUCCAGAAAGGUUGUGUUACCCUUUCACAGCACAUGAACACCUACCUGUCAGAAAACAAGCUACUGAGUAUUCUACUUCAUCCUCCGAUGAGGAAUUUGAAUCCAAGCCUUCAUUAACACACAAGACAAAAAGGGCUCUCAGAAAGAGAAGGAAGCUGGAGAAGGAGACAAAGCAGUUGAUUAAGCAAGAGGAGCUGAAGAGGCUUCACAAAGCACAGGCAGUCCAGCGCCAGCUAGAAGAGCUGGAGGAAAGACAAAGAGCUCUGGAGAUUUUUGGUGUCGAACUGGAGAGAGAACUAAGAGGAGAAGCAGAUUCAGGCACAAAGGACGAGAAUCAGAUGCUGCACGAAUGGUUUGAGCUGGUCAUGGAGAAGAAUAAAUUGAUGCGUUAUGAGUCUGAGCUCCUGAUUAUAGCCCAAGAGCUAGAAUUGGAGGACCACCAAAGCAGGCUGGAACAGAAGCUGAGAGAGAAAAUGGCCAUUGAUGACAGCCUCAAAGAUGAGAUGGAUCUGAACGAAGAGCAUGAAAUUUUUACCGAGAUGAUGAAAGUGGUUGAAGAAAGGGACAGACUUGUUUGUGCCUUAGAAGAGCAGAGAGUGAAAGAAAGAGCAGAAGACCAGCACUUCGAAAGCCUUAUACUAUCUACAGGUUAUCAACUGAGCAGGAUUUAAACAGCCACAUGCAAAUAAACAUCCUUGCAGCAGCACUCCCUGUCACAGAGAUACAGUCUUCUGGAAAAUGAAGGAAUUCAAAUUUAAAAUCAGCUUAUUUGGGAAAUAUGUCAUUUUGUUAUCAAAAGCUUUAAAGCAGUUCUUUUGCUUAUAGCAGAGACAGUCAUUUCACUGUCAGCUCAAAGGAUCACUGGGACACAGAUUUGGACUGAAUUUGCCUGUCUGAUGGGCACCAGGGUCUGUGAAAGGGAAAUCAGAGCUCCAUUAUUCUCUUGGAGUUGUAUUUUAAUGCUGAGAGUAGAGUUUCUGAGGAACAUGAUGACAUCACUUAGCAUCUUUUAGACAGCCUUACUUUCCAUCUGUUUGUCUGAAUCUCUGUGUGGCUUUGUUAAUAUUUUGGCACAGCCAAGCCUGGUCAACUGUAGAAAAGUCAGAAAACAAGCAUCUCAUAAAAAUAGGGUUAGUCUUUAUUUCUGGUGGAGGAAGAGUCGUUUGACUAAUGACUACAUAUAAGCACUUACUAAAACUACUGUAAAUGCAAUGUCAGAAAUUAAUUUUUCAGGUAUUUAUAAGUUUUAUUGCACUGUGUAUUUUUGAACAAGAAGUUAAAGCAAUAUUAAAUCCCUGCAUUUUGUAAAAUGGUAAGGGAUUAUCAAAGAGAUGACUAUCCUUACAGCUGUUACAUGCUCAAAAAGCUUCUGUAUAUCAGAGACUGAGGUCUUUAAAAGAUGAUACGAGAUAAUUUUAAAAUAGUAAUUCAGACCCAAUUGAUAUUUAUAGGGCAGACUUUACUAUGACAGACUUCACAAUUUCUUCUUAAAAAAAUCAGAAAUUGUAUUGUUGGGUGUGAUGAAUGGUAUAGCAGUUAAAGACCUCCCCAAGAAUCAUCCCAUAAAAGGACUGCAAAAAAUGUUGAGUUUUUAAUAUCAACAUUUGAUAGAAAAGAUUGUGAGUGUAUUUAAAUUACAUUUAUCUUGCUGCUUGAGAAUAUAUGCAUACUUUUUGCUUAAAGGGACCAUCUCCUAUCUUUUCUGUACAUGCAUUUGUAGAUAUUGGCAAAACAGCAUGCAGAACAUUCUCCUAAUUUAAGUAACUUCUUAAAUCAGAGAUAAUUCUGCCAUUUAAGAUUGGUAGUAUUCCCAACUGUAGGUGUGAUGCACUAGAUUUUCAAACUGGAAAGAACAAAGGGAAAAUGAAAGAAUGGGGUUUUUUUUGUUUUUUAGUUUUUUUUUUUUAAUAUCCUUUUACCUCGUGCUCUGGGAAGAUUUGAUGUUCUCAUUAUUUUGUGAACGGUGCUAAUUUGCAGCAUCAGCCUAUGGUACAGGCAAAGAUAGAAGCAUUCCUGUUAACAAAGCUUUAACCUGAAAAACCUCUUGGUGAGUACUAAAACAAAGUAACAGACACACUGGAUCCUGUCACAUUAAUUUAUGAGUUGUCUUCAGGGGCUUUUUUGGUUCUGGGUUUGGUUUUUUUUUUGUAUUGCAAGAAAUUUGAAAUACCCUUUCUAAAGGUAAAAGCAAGUUUUUGCUGUUGGCCACAGAUGAAUAAUAUACCUCUGUUGGUGCAAGCUUUAUACUAUUGCCCUGCAAUAUUUAUUUAUCUUUAUUUAUUAGUCUGUUUAGAGAGCGUAAGAGUGUCUGGUUGCAUUUUACAUUUUGGAUGUUGUCUCUGAUUUUGGUGGAAAAAUGUUUAUUUCUAACAGCUGUGUACAGCAAAGCUGUGCACUGUAGAGUAGACAGCUUUACAGGUUUGGUAAAUAAUUAGCAAUAAGAUAUGAAUUAAGAUUUUAAACAGUGUUCUCAGUGACCAUAACUUGAAGGGAUGCCCUUAAAACACAGCAUUCAGGGCUUUAACAUAUAAUUUGUCUUUCAUCACAGUGAAAAGACACAGAAGAAUCAUUAAAUGUGUUCCAAAAUAACCACCAGACUGUUUUUUUCCCCUUCUCAUUCAUAGCCUAAGCAUACCUGAUCUUCAGAUGACAUUUUUACUGAGAUGGAUUGCAGUCAUUGAUUUUUCAAUCUAACUCUAUUACUUAAGACUGACACAAAGUAGGAGAGGCAGAGCAGCAAUAAAUAUUUUAAUUUUCUCUGUUGAGAUCUGCUGGUAUUUCCAGUUUUGUGGAGAAAAUUCCUGGGUUUUAUCACUGUCUCAAUCCUGCCUCAUGCAGUCCUG